AUGAAGCUCUCGACGCUACUUCUGGGCGGCAUCGCCACACUCGUUGGCGCACAAACAGCCGCCCCAUACACGGAUGCCAAGUCUGGCAUCACCUUCCAGGCUUACCAACACACGACCGGAUACUUCCUAGGGAUCGCUUUACCAGAUGAUCCUACGGGCAACACCGAUUUCAUUGCUACAAUUGGUGGCAAGGGGACAGGUUGGAGUGGCGCUAGCCUGGCGGGACCCAUGAAGAACGCAUUAUUGGUACUGGCAUGGCCCAAUAGCAACGCCGUUGUCAGUUCGUUCAGGAAAACAGCCCAAUACGGCUCUCCUCCCGUCGCAAGCGGCACCUUCACGCAGUUACCCAUCGCCAACGGCACCUACGUCAAUGGCACGCAUUGGACCUAUACGUUCGUUUGCUCGAAGUGUAUCCAAACCGACGGAACUACCUUUACCGCCAACGCUAAUUCGACCAUUUUGGGCUACGCACUCAAUGCUGCCGCACCUUCCAACAAAUCCAAUGCAACCAGUUCUGUUUCGAAGCAUACGUCACAAGGGCAGGUCACCUUCGACCUGGUCAAAGCCCGAAGCAAAGACUUCACUACGUGGAAAGGUUGGGCCGCUGCGCCAAAAGUCCAAUAG